AGUGCACGCCACGUGACUAGGCUGCCAAAUUUGCUUGCGAGUUUGACAGAAGUUUGAAUCGGACUCGGGGGCUUUCUGCUGCCGGUGGGGCACAGCGGCGGCCACAGUCCCAGAGAGCGCGAGCAGCAGAGUCCCCGAGACCUAGCCAGCAGUCUGGAUCCCGGCCCGCCGACGGCCGCUCGCGCUCCGGCUCCGCUCGAUUGCCCUGCGGCGAGCCAGGAGCCCCCAGCUCGACUGCCGUUUGCGCAGCCUGUAGGCGAGGGAGACGAGCCCCGGCGCUGCGCCCCAGCCCCGCCGCGCCAGCAUGUCCUCGACGGAAGGCACCAGCCGCACCGCAGACAAGUCGCCGCGCCAGCAGGUGGACCGCCUACUCGUGGGGCUGCGCUGGCGUCGUCUGGAGGAACCGCUGGGCUUCAUCAAAGUUCUCCAGUGGCUCUUUGCUAUUUUCGCCUUCGGGUCCUGCGGCUCCUAUAGCGGGGAGACAGGAGCAAUGGUUCGCUGCAACAACGAAGCCAAGGACGUGAGCUCCAUCAUCGUUUCAUUCGGCUAUCCCUUCAGGUUGAACCGGAUCCAGUAUGAGAUGCCCCUCUGUGACGAUGACUCCACCUCCAAGACCAUGCACCUCAUGGGGGACUUCUCAGCCCCUGCUGAAUUCUUUGUGACCCUUGGCAUCUUUUCUUUCUUCUAUACCAUGGCUGCCCUCGUCCUCUACCUGCGCUUCCACAAGCUCUACACAGAGAACAAGCGCUUCCCGCUGGUGGACUUCUGUGUGACUGUCUCCUUCACCUUCUUCUGGCUGGUAGCUGCAGCUGCCUGGGGCAAGGGCCUGACUGAUGUCAAGGGGGCCACACGGCCAUCCAGUCUGACGGCAGCCAUGUCCGUGUGCCACGGAGAGGAUGCAGUGUGCAGUGGCGGAGCCACACCCUCCAUGGGGCUGGCCAACAUCUCUGUGCUCUUCGGCUUUAUCAACUUCUUCUUGUGGGCUGGGAACUGUUGGUUUGUGUUCAAGGAGACCCCAUGGCAUGGACAGGGACAGGACCAGAGCCAGGGUCCCAGCCAGGGUCCCAGCCAGGAGAGUGCAGCUGAGCAGGGAGCAGUGGAAAAGCAGUAAGCAGCGGCCACCUGGCUACUCCCGAACUGGACAGCACCUCUUCAACAACCUCCGGCUUCCAGGACCUCCCUCUUCCUCCUCGUCCAAUUCCCCUCCCCCAUCUUCUGGGCUUUGAGUUUUGAGACACUGAUGGGCAGGUGUCAGCUGCUGGAAACCUGGGCAGCCCUCCCAGUGGCUUCCUAUCCCUCUUCUUGCUGAACUCAUGGAUAACAGGAGCUCAGUGCUUCUUAUCCACUGCCUGGACCCAGGAAUAUUACUUGGGGUCAUACUUGUGCCCUCACAGUCUCCAAGAACCAGCCUGUGUUGCAGGUGAGGGGUAAGGGGCAGAAAACUGGAGACCUGAGACUGGUCCCUAGCAGCUACCUUUAUAUCAACCUGUCCAGCUUCAAUAAUAGUGGUGGAAAGAGAAAUCAGUGGGUAGCCUUCCCCCAUAGUCCCUUGUGUGGAGGCCCCAGCAGUGGCUUGGCCUCUCCCCAAUGGCUGUCAUCUAGUCGCUGUGUCUGAUCUCCAGUCAGCCCAGGGCUUAGUGUAUUUCCCACUGUCUUCUCUGGUCUUUGCUUGCCCACAGAGUCGACCAUGUGUGGACAAAGGGUACCCAACUGGCCUAGAAAACAGCCCUUUAGAGGGUCCUGAUGAAGCUUAGACUCAGCCAGGAGCAGAUAAAUUGCAACUGAGUUGCAACUUCAAGAAACCAGAGGCUGCCAACUUGC